AUGAUGCAGAGGGAGCUGACGUUAGAAAAUGGCAUCCUUCGGACCAGAUGGAUUAGAUAUCGAAGCAUGGACCGAGGCUUGCCAAGACAUAGUGCAUCGAUACAUGUAUGUGUCUCGUUUUAUGAGCCGAGGGACAACUUUUAUUUUUUGGCGUUUUGGGCUUGUCCCCAUGGCCAGGUCAAAGUGUUUACCUCCCUUUUCCACGGAGGUUAUUCUGAUUGA